GCGAGGGGCCUUUGCAGGCUCGCUUUUCGGCGGGUGGUUGUGUGAGGCGCGCAGUUUCCAGCUACAACCCCUCUUGUUCCUCACUGCGAUCCCCGACUCCUGAUCACCGUGGCGGCUCGUCUGUGGCGAGAGAGCGGGGCCGGGUCAGGCUCUGGCCUGCCCCGCGAGGUGACCUUGGUCGAGUCCCCUGUCGCGCUGAGCCAGGGUGCGCGUCUGUGGCGCGGGCCUGUUAGGGACCGGGCUGUGGAGCGGUUAAGGACACAGACCUAGAGCGGCCCCACAGGCUGCCGGGUGUCAGGGGAGCGGCCGGGCCGCCAGGGGCGGUGUGGGGGAGAUGCCCCUACAUGUGAAAUGGCCGUUCCCCUCGGUGCCGCCGGUCACCUGGACUCUGGCCAGCAGCGUCGUCAUGGGCCUGGUGGGCACCUACAGUUGCUUCUGGACCAAGUACAUGAACCACCUCACCGUCUACAACAAGGAGGUGCUGUAUGAGCUCAUCGAGAACCGAGGCCCAGCCACCCCCCUCAUAACUAUCUCCAAUCACCAGUCCUGCAUGGAUGACCCUCAUCUCUGGGGUAUCCUGAAACUCCGGCACAUCUGGAACCUGAAGUUGAUGCGUUGGACCCCAGCAGCUGCAGACAUCUGUUUCACCAAGGAACUGCACUCUCACUUUUUCAGCUUGGGCAAGUGCGUGCCUGUAUGCCGAGGAGAUGGUGUUUACCAAAAGGGAAUGGACUUUAUUUUGGAGAAGCUCAACCAUGGGGACUGGGUGCACAUCUUCCCAGAAGGAAAAGUGAACAUGAGCUCCGAGUUCCUGCGCUUCAAGUGGGGAAUCGGGCGCCUGAUUGCUGAGUGUCAUCUCAACCCCAUCAUUCUGCCACUGUGGCAUGUUGGAAUGAACGAUGUCCUUCCUAACAACCCGCCGUACUUCCCCCGCUUUGGACAGAAAAUCACCGUGCUGAUAGGAAAGCCUUUCAGUGUCCUGCCUGUGCUCGAGCGGCUCCGGGCAGAGAAUACGUCCACUGUGGAGAUGCGCAAAGCCCUGACUGACUUCAUUCAGGAGGAAUUCCAGUGCCUGAAGACCCAGGCGGAGCAGCUACACAACCACCUACAGCCUGGGAGAUAGGCACUGCCCUGCCCAGACCCUGCCCUGCCCAGACCCUGCCCUGCCCGCCCCGGGGUCCUAGGAGAGGCCCACUGAGGCCCGGGGAAGAGGCAGCUCUGGGACCCAGUCCCCCACUGCCAGAUUCCCAGUGCUGCCUUUGAGUUCUCGUCCUUGCAUACAGCUGGGGCUGGGAAAUGGACUGAUGCUUUGAGCUCAAAUAGGGUUUUUUUUUAGACAGAUUUCUCCAUAACCCUUAAAGGACGCCCUCUCCUAGUUGAUGAGCAUUCCAGCUCCUCUGUGGUUUUUCAGUUGAAGGGUCACAACUGUUCCUCCCACUUGGCCACAAAGGGAGGAAAAAAUUUAGGCAGUGGCCUCCUUCUUGCCUGCAUGUGUUCUCUCCCAGGGCUGGCGUCUGGAGGGAGGGUAGUUGAAAGGGGUGGGUGACUAGGCUGGAGCUUGGGGAGGGGCCCACAAGGCCAUUGGCCUGGAUCUGCUCACCACCUCAUCAGGGAUGGUCUUUAGGCACUUCUUUCCUCUGCCUGAGCUUCCCAUGGGCCUGGGAGCCUCGGGCAGGGCCCAGUCCUGGGCUGUAGGCAGAAGAGCAGCCCUUUGCCAGAAGUGGAGCCUGCAGCAAGCGACUGAGACCUGGCCAGUAACCCUGUGCUGGGGCCCACCAACUUUUCCUUCCUUUCCGUGUCCCUGGCAUCACU